CUCAAUUCUCAAUUAAGGUAAAAAAUCUCAACCUAACAAGACCCUAUAUAUAUGUAUAUAUAUAUAUAUAUGUGUGUGUGUGUGUGUGUGUGUGUAAGGAAGAUACUGGAGGGGGUGUGGGAGGAGGGAACGGCCAUUACCUUCUUCACCACACCAAAUUAUUUCCUCAAGAGUCAAGACUAUACAAUGUUGGUUGUUAAAUUAAGAAAGGAUGUGAGCUUCGACGGAUAAGGUAAACUCUAAUCUUAACUAAAUUUUCAUAGUAAAAGAAAUGAUGAAAUUUUGAGGUUUUAGGAUUUAGGUUGUUGGGGAACCUUUUAUAUUCGAAUAACCAUGUGAAUUAUACUUGAGUUAACAAAUAAAUAAAAUCAAAGAAUGUGAUUAAACAUGUUAUGCUUAUUGGUUAACUAAUUGCUAAAUUUAUUUGAUAAAUUUGAUUAUGAUCAAGUAAUCACAGUUAUUUUUGCGCCAUGUCAUGGUUUUAUUGGAAUUUAUGAUGAUUAUUUAAUCAUUAUAUUUUGGAAAUUUAUAAAUACGACUAAGUUAUGGGUUAAUAAAACUAAUUAAUUGAAUUACGAGGGUUGACUAAAGAAAUGAAUUCUAGAUUUGAUUUAGAAUAUGUAGCGAAUUUGUAAGGAUUUAUUUGAUAAGGAUAAAUGAGUUAGGAAAUUAGGGAGAUGAAAGGGAAGUUAAAUUAAUAUAGUGAAUGAAAUUAUUUACAUGUUUGAUCUUGGAAAUAUGAUUUAGAAUAAAUAUACAUGUAAUAUAAAUCACUAGUUUGAGAGUACAACACUUUAUGAUACCGGAAGUGCGGCAUCUUCUAUUUGACGGGUAGGGGUGUGACAAGGGAAGUUUGGAUUGAUAAUUGGCUUCAGCUAUGAAACUAAUUGCAAACAUGAAUAUCUCAAUUUAGUAGCUACUGUACUGAUCUAUUUUCAGCCACCCUAAUUUUUAGCCACUGAUAUUCCGGCGGGCGUAGGUGCUGCAAAGCGAGACCUGUACAUGUGCAAUCCAGAAGACCCAUCCAUCUAAAAGCAUAUAUGAUAAAAAUGGAGCUUACAAUCACACGACCUGACGAUUGGCAUCUCCAUCUUCGCGAUGGGGAGCUUCUUCAAGCAGUUGUCCCGCACAGUUCACAACACUUUGGGAGAGCCAUAGUCAUGCCAAAUCUGAGACCUCCCAUCACCACUACUGCUGCCGCUAUGACCUACCGACAAACAAUUUUGAAGGCUCUGCCAAAGGGCAGUAAUUUCAAUCCUUUGAUGACACUUUAUCUGACAGACACUACCAGCCCUAAUGAGAUUAAGCUAGCAAGAGAGAGUGGAGUUGUAUAUGCUGUGAAAUUGUAUCCUGCUGGUGCUACCACAAAUUCUCAAGAUGGUGUUACCGACCUCUUUGGGAAGUGUUUACCUGUACUUGAGGAAAUGGUUCAGCUGAAAAUGCCUUUGCUGGUCCAUGGGGAGGUAACAAAUCCCGACGUUGAUGUGUUUGACCGUGAAAAGGUGUUCAUCGAUACAGUUCUCCGCCCCUUAAUUCAGAAGUUCCCCCAAUUGAAGGUUGUCAUGGAACACAUUACGACUAAGGAUGCCGUGGACUUUGUUUUGUCUAGUGAUGAAGGAUUUGUUGCAGCAACAGUCACUCCACAACAUAUUGUUCUUAACAGGAAUUCCCUUUUCCAAGGAGGAUUGCAGCCUCACAAUUAUUGUCUUCCAGUACUGAAGAGAGAGAUACAUAGGCAGGCAAUAGCAUCAGCCGUCACGAGUGGAAGCAAAAGGUUUUUCCUCGGAACUGAUAGUGCCCCUCAUGAUAGACGGAACAAGGAGUGUCCUUGUGGGUGUGCUGGAAUCUACAAUUCUCCAGUGGCCCUAUCACUGUAUGCAAAGGUUUUUGAAGAGGCUGGCGCGCUGGACAAGUUGGAAGCUUUUGCGAGCUUCAACGGACCAGACUUCUAUGGUCUACCAAGAAACAGCUCGAAGAUAAGAUUGAGCAAGACCGCUUGGACAGUACCAGCUUCAUUUUCUUUUGGAUCGGGUGAUAUCGUUCCAAUGUUUGCUGGUCAGGUACUCGACUGGCUACCAUCUCCGUUAUAGAACAAAACAAAUUUUUCGCCCUUGAAUUAAUCUAUAUGGUCAUCAUCCAGGAUUAUAAUUUCCAGUCAUAUGUUAUGUACACACCACCUUAAAUUUGGGGUUGAUGGCAUUUUGACAAGUUAAGACUUCACUCUUAUUUUCACCCACGAUCAAUUAUUUUGCUUCAUGAA